AUGGAAGAGACAACAGUGCUCAUUGUCGGUGCUGGCCCAAGUGGUCUUGCACUGGCUGUGAAUUUGGGACGAAUCAAUAUCAAGACCGUCAUUCUGGAGAAGGAAUUAGAAUUAUCAGAGGACCCUCGCGGGAUCGCAAUCACGGGCGAUGCGGUACGCAUCUCGUACGCUCUAGGAAUUGGUAAUGAGCUGACGACCAAGAUCGGUCGGAAGACUGGAAUACUUCAUUUCCAUAACAAAACAUGGAACAACCCUGCCUUUAUGUAUUUCGAUACCGACCAUGACCACUUGCAACAGAGCGUCCCGAACGCAAUCAACCAAUUUCAACCUAAUUACGAAAGGGAGCUUAGAAAAAGAAUUGUUGCAUUGCCUACAGUUGAUCUGCGCAUUGGCUGCGAAGUGUUGGACCGCACCGAAGAAGAAGCAGGCGUAGUUGUCAAGUAUAAAGACGAGGAAGGAAACAUCCGUUCAAUCCGAACCUCGUACUUGGUAGGAGCAGACGGGAAACGUGGCAUAGUGCGCAAAAAGUUCCUAGAGCCCAAGGGCAUUAGACAGGAAGUUGGUCAGUACAAUCACGUCUCAACCUGGGUUGCUACAAAUUUCGAGAUUACUCUUCCCACACCAGCAACACACCCCGAUUUCCCUCUCUGGAAAAUCGGGUACUCCCCGGAACAAGUUUACGAUGCGUUUUGGCCAUCUGGAUUCCACUUCGUCAACGACCCAAAGAGACCUGCAGCCACUGGCAGUUUUGGCCCUAAGGGUACACGUUUCUGGAGACAUGAGUACUCAGUCGAGGAAGGAGAUAACCUAGACGAUCCCAUUGCUCAUCUUUGGUCCCAAAUCGGUCCGUGGCUUGAAAUAGCAGGCUACAAAUUCUCAAGCAAAUUGAGAGGCACUAUGGUGUCUUAUCCGCGAGACUGUGUAGGUAUACUACGCUGUCGCCCAUUCACUUUUGCCACAAAAGUUGUGAACCGAUGGCACUGCAAACGGACCAUCCUAAUCGGCGACGCAUCGCACGUAUAUCCCCCCUUCGGCGGUCAAGGCAUUGCCUCGGGAGUCCGCGACGCACAUAGUCUCUUCUGGCGCCUUGCGUUCCUCUCCCGCAUGACUGUGCCGCCUGUCGUUCACGAUAAAUUCCUCACCGGCUGGGGCCACGAGCAAAGACAAGCAUGUGACCACGCGACCAAGCUCACCAAGACAAAUGGGAGCAUCACCAAUCAGCGCAGCCGCGUACUCGCCUUUCUGACUCGGACUCUGAUGCGGUUGCUCUGGUGCUUCCCUGGAGUUCCGUUCUUGAUGACUCGCUAUACGAUUGGCGAUUCGUUCAGAUACCAGCAAUUUGAUGGCUUGUUUGCUUUGAGAGAGAGAGGAGGCGGCUACAAGAUGCCUCAAAUCUGGAUUCGAAGGGGCGACGAAAAGCCGCAGUUGUCGGACGAAGUCUUCCACCGCGACGCGUCUCGGCUGGCGUUGGUAAAUAUCGUCGAGGACGAAGAUGAUGUCGAUGAGAUCAGCAUAGCCAAGACCAUUAGGAGAAUGGCUUUGCCGGGGGAUCUUCUUGGGGAGAAGAAUGUAACUCACCUUUGUCUCGGAUUGGGCAAGAGCACAAAGGACUCGCAAGUGUAUCGUCCGUGCAAACGAGAAGAGUUGCUGGCAGAAGGCAUCGAACCAAUGAUUGGAUACGAUCCCCAUACGCUGGCGAAGAGGAUUGGAAGUGCGGCGAAAUAUGCCAUCGUUCGUCCAGACUUUUUCAUUCAUUCUGUCGCUUCAAGCGUGGAGGAGCUUUUCGGCAACGGAAGGACAAUCGCAGAGUAUUUCAUUUGA